AUUUUUCCCGGAAAUAAGACCCACCAUGAAAGCUGCUGUCGGAAGUGACGGAGCCAGUACUACAUUUCCCAGAAGGUUGUUCGCGGCGGGCGGGUCACGUGAUUGGAGCGCGGGCUUUGGAAGGCGAAACGACUUCGCCUCAACGUCAGAAGAAGGGGUCGUGACUGUCCUGAGUACGGUGGGGUCGCCGGAGCACCGCUAGCUGCAGAGGCCUCGUGCGGUCAAGCCAUUGUUCCUGUGUUACCAUGGGAAUUCAAGGCCUUGCCAAACUGAUUGCUGAUGUGGCUCCCAGUGCCAUCCGGGAGAAUGACAUCAAGAGCUACUUCGGUCGCAAGGUGGCCAUUGAUGCCUCUAUGAGCAUUUACCAGUUCCUGAUUGCUGUUCGUCAGGGUGGGGAUGUGCUGCAGAAUGAGGAGGGGGAGACCACCAGCCACCUGAUGGGCAUGUUCUACCGUACCAUCCGCAUGAUGGAGAAUGGCAUCAAGCCUGUAUAUGUCUUUGAUGGCAAGCCACCACAGCUCAAGUCAGGUGAGCUGGCCAAACGCAGUGAGAGGCGCGCCGAGGCCGAGAAGCAGCUGCAGCAGGCUCAGGAGGCUGGGGUAGAGGAGGAGGUGGAAAAGUUCACAAAGCGGCUGGUGAAGGUUACCAAGCAACACAAUGAUGAGUGCAAACACCUGCUGAGUCUCAUGGGCAUCCCAUACCUUGAUGCACCCAGUGAAGCAGAGGCUAGCUGCGCUGCCCUGGUGAAGGCUGGCAAAGUCUAUGCUGCAGCCACCGAGGACAUGGACUGCCUCACUUUUGGCAGCCCUGUACUAAUGCGACAUCUGACUGCCAGUGAGGCCAAGAAGCUGCCCAUCCAGGAGUUCCACCUGAGCCGAGUCCUGCAGGAGCUGGGUCUGAACCAGGAGCAGUUUGUGGAUCUCUGCAUCCUGCUGGGAAGUGACUACUGUGAGAGCAUCCGGGGCAUUGGGCCCAAGCGGGCUGUGGACCUCAUCCAGAAGCAUAAGAGCAUCGAGGAGAUCGUGCGGCGGCUGGACCCCAACAAGUACCCCAUUCCAGAGAACUGGCUCCACAAAGAAGCGCAGCAGCUCUUCCUGGAGCCUGAGGUGCUGGACCCAGAGUCUGUGGAGCUGAAGUGGAGCGAGCCGAAUGAAGAAGAGUUGGUCAAAUUCAUGUGUGGUGAAAAGCAGUUUUCUGAGGAGCGAAUUCGCAGUGGGGUCAAGCGGCUGAGUAAGAGCCGCCAGGGCAGCACCCAGGGCCGUCUCGAUGAUUUCUUCAAGGUGACUGGCUCUCUCUCCUCCGCCAAGCGCAAGGAGCCAGAACCCAAGGGACCCGCUAAGAAGAAAGCAAAGACUGGGGGAGCUGGGAAGUUUAAAAGGGGAAAAUAAAUGUGUUCUCCCCCUCCACUGUCCCUCGACCCCAGGAUGUCUGCUUUAUACCCUCAGCUAGAACACUCUUCUUUUGGAAUGGAGUCUACUUCUUCCCAGAACUACCCUCCAGAGCCUUUCUUGAUCUUGUGGCAGGAAGGCCACAGCUUCACUUUUCCUCAUUUUUAACUCAGGAAUGACAUCAGACUCAAACCACUUCUCAGGCAGGUUAGUGGACACUGCAGCCAUUGUUUGGUGAAACUGAAGCAAAGCAGCACAUUUUAAAGAAGGAGGAGAUAAAGGUAGUUUGGGGUGGGAGUGUGUGGAGGAGAUAAUAUCCCGGCUGGCCAGCUGGUGGAUGGGAGGUGACUGUAGACCUCGACUGCUCUUUCCGAUAUCACUACCCCGAAAGACAGCCGUCAGCCCAGGCUUAGCUGAUGGAAGGGGCAAGUGGAGAGGAGUCUGACUGACAGUGGUUUUGAUGACUGACUGGCUGUCUUGUGGGCAGAAACUUGAACUUGGGGCUGGUGGGUCUACAGUAGUAUUUCAGGGGGUAAAAAGGCAGUGUUUUAGCGUUUGGUUUGUAGUUUUGUUUAGUCCCGUUCUCUCCAGUGCUGGGCAUUGAACCCAGGGCGAGGCAAGCAAGCAUACCUGACCUGUAGCCCCAAGAGACACUGUUCUGAUGGCCUUUCUGAGGCAAUCAAUUGAAUUGAAGCUUUGGGGAGAAGCAGCUGUUGUUCAUGUGCUAUUUCUAGUUUAAAAGAUGUGAAGAGGAAAAAAAAUCAAUAAAAUUAUAAAAGUGA